AUUGGAAGCAGCGUGGACACUGACCCUUCAUUCGUCAUAGGUCGUUGUUGGCUGUGUUACCAAUAUUACCUUAAAGGCUUUUUUUUUUUAUUUCAUGUAUAUGGAAGCGGACUCUUGAGUUGAUCGUCUGAUGUUGAUGAAAACAUGGCGGGUCUGCCUAAUGACUUCUUCCUGUUCAAAACAAUAGCCUCUGGAAGCUCGUCCAAACUGGUCAAACUUGUCAGACUUUGUGAUCGUAAAACUGCGCCUUUCUCAAGCCACGCCCUGAACUGGGCUGUUAUUGAAGCUUGUAAAAUAGGCCACGUCUAUUUGCUCAAGUACCUCCUCCAAGAUGGCAGCCGACUGGAACUUAGAGACGAUGACGGCAACACUCCUUUAAUGAUUUGCUCCAGGAAAGGUUACCCAGAGAUGGUAAACAUGCUCUUGAAGCUGGGCGCAGACGUCAAUGCUAAAAAUAACCACGGCGAUACUGCACUUAUGCUGGCUAGGUCGAGGGAGGCAAUUGAGUGUUUGCUAAAGGACAAGCGUAUACGACUUGAUGAGCAGGACUCGAAUGGGAACACUGCAUUAAUGUCAGCCAUCCAGAAAUCUCAUCUCAUGAAGGUCGGGUUGCUGAUCGGUGCUGGUGCUGACCCAAACAGGAAAGUUACACUUGUCAACAAAUCCAAUCAAAGUGCUUUCGACGUGGCAGAACUAUUGGGAUGGAAACAACUGCUGGAGUUGCUGUGUAGUGCCAAAGAGGUGAACUCAAAUCCUCUGCUGUUUGCCGCGGUGGAAAACGACUUUGAGACCUGCAUCAAGCUGCUGAAGUAUAAUUUUUUGAACAGAAGGGAAAUUCUAAGCAUUCGUCCUGACAUCCUCUGCUGUGUUCUAAAGCAAAUUCAGUACAGGGAGACUGUUCUCUCAACUGAUAUUGAGUUGGUUCGCCAGCUAUGCAAGCUGGGCAUAAAUGUCAACAGAUGUCAGUGCUGCGCUGAGUCACGCAUGGAGCUUGUGCUGAACAUCGGAAGCUGCGCACUGGCUGAAGUUCUUUGUGAUCACGGCGCUCAGGUCACCCACAACGAUCUGGUGUCCGCGGUGAAUUGUCAACAGAUCAAAAUGAUUCCGCUUCUGGUUAAGUACGGGGCUCCGGUGAAUAAUUACGACUUUCUAGGCCGCGUGGCUUACAAAGGUUCGGCUCUAGAUACAGCGUUGGAAAAAUCUUUAACGAGUGCAGCCAGCGUCCUACUUGAGCACGGCGCUAAGUUGGACUCUGAGUACGCUUUGAUUCAAGCCUUGCUGAACGACGACAAGAAGAUCAUCACAUUUCUUUUGAAGAAGUGUGAUGAUGCGAUAAAGGCCGUGGUUGAAAAACCAGAAAUCUUCAUCCAAGCCGUGAAGCUGGGCGACAUUCACAAAAUCCAACUUCUAUUAGACGCAGGGGUUGACAUCGACCGAGUUUACGACAGUAAGACGCCCCUGAUGAGGGCUGUUCACACCGAGGUCAUAAACUACUUGUUAGACAAGGGGGCUAAUGUGAAUUUUAAAACGAACACCACACCUCUGAUCAACGCGGUGUCCUUGGAGUAUUACUAUGAGAUCGUGGCAACAUUUCACUGGAAGCUGAAGCAGAAAGAGAUCGAGGACAAAGUACUGCAAGUCAUUGACGCUCUUCUGAGUAAGGGAGCCAAUCUGGAAGACACGGAUGUCAACGGAUGCACGGCUUUGAUAGCAUCCGUGAACAGCAAGUUUAACGUCGAGAUUCCAAAAUAUUUGCUUGAGAAGGGAGCCGAUGUGAACCGAAGUAACGUCGAUGGUUUGACAGCGUUGCACAUGGCUGCGGAGUACGAAAAGGCGUCUUGCGUGGAGGUUCUGCUGAAACACGGCGCAGUUGUGAACCUGAAAAGCCUAGCUGGGUUCACGCCGCUGCACAAUGCUGUCUUGAAUGUGGACAUUGUCAAAAUGCUCCUGGACAAACAUGCAGAUGUCAACGUGAAGGACAACUCGGGGAACACGCCACUGUCGCUGGUUUCAAAGUAUUGGGGAGACAUGGUCGAUGUUGUAAAGCUUCUGAUCGCCGCUGGCUCUGACGUCAACCACAGAAACGAUGCUGGCAUGUCUCCUUUGUGGCUGGCUGCCGAUUCCCUAAACACCAACUGCCUGUCAUAUUUAAUCUAUACAAAUGCUGAUUUAGGUCACGAUGACCGCCUGCAAAAGUCAGCGCUGUCUAUAACGUUUGAUAAAUGGUACCCCAGUGAAGAAACUCAGCGAACGGCGACGAUCCUCAUGGAUUUUGAGGCCAGUGCAGAAUUUGUCAGACCAGACAUCAUUCAUCGGCUCAUCGCUGCUGGAAAUGACGGCACUUUGGUUCAGAAACUCAUUAUGUCAGGCAUUAGUCCGACAGACAUUGUUCUACAGAAAACAAUAUUUAGCUGGCCAGAGACUUCAAUUUCACCACUCGCUGUUUCCUUGAUCUUAGACAGUGUUGAGUUCGCGCAUUAUUUUAUAGAAAAUUGGUUUUUGACCAAAUCGGACGUCAAACUGUUAUCUAACAACAUGGACAUCUUAGGUAAUUUGGCCCUACGUGAGUGUAAAGCACUGCCAUAUUUGGAGGAGGUCUCCCGCCAGCCAAUGAGGUUGGAGCUUUUGAGUUUUAUUGCCGUCUCGUCUGCUAUAGGCUCAGACCGAGACAGACGUCAAAGGGUACAUAACUCUAAACUUCCUGUGCUGAUGCAGGAACAACUUUUGUUCUCCAAGGUAGAGGAGAAAGCCCUCAAAGCAGUGUCCGGGGAGGGGAACUUUUUUCUGUAUCAGCUCACGAGACACCAAACCGAACAGGAGGAGAAAUGCUCGUCUUUUUAUGAGAUGGACGAGGAUUUUGGUGAGAUGAUGUCCAGGUGGGAGCCGUCUUUCGUUAACCUCGACUACGCAGCCGUAGAAGCUUUGGCAUCCAUUAUGGAUAUUAACAUGGCUGAAACUAAGGACCAAGUUCAGGUCGAUGACUCCAUCUUGUUUAAAACAAUAGCUUCCGGUUGUUUUUCAGAGAUCCACGAACUUUUAAGACUGUGUGAUCACAAAACUCUUAAUUUCUCUAGCCACGCUUGUAAUAUUGGCCACGCUCAUUUACUCCAGUUCCUCCACCAAGAUGGCGCCCGACUGGAACUCAGAGACGACAACGGAAACACUCCUCUUUUGAUUUGCUCCAAGGAAAAUUUUCCAGGCAUUGUGGGUCAACUCUUGAGCAUGGGCGCUGACGUCAAUGCUAAAAAUAACCUCGGAGAUACUGCGCUUAUGCUUGCUACGUCAAGGGAAGUAAUUGAGUUACUACUAGAAGACAGACGCUUGCAUUUAGAUGAACAAAACUCGACUGGGAACACAGCUUUAAUGUCAGCCAUCGAGACAUCUCAUCUCCAGAAGGUCAAAUUGCUGAUCAAUGCUGGGGCUGACCCAAAAAGGAAUGCCUCUCUUGUCAAUAGUUCAAACGAAAGUGCUUUCGAUGUGGCCAAAAGAAGGGGAUUCGGUAAACUGUUAGAGUGGCUGUAUCGCGCCAAAGAGAGCAAUUCUAAUCCUUUGCAGUUGGCUGUUGGAGAAAAUGACUUCGAGUCGUGUGCCACAUUGCUGCGGUUUAACUUAUGCAAUAAGGAGGAAAGUCUAAGUCUUCGGCCUGACAUGCUCUGUUACGUUCUUAAACAGAUUCAGCAAAGGGAAACUACUCUAAGAUCUGAUGUUGAUUUUGUUUUAGAGUUAUGCAGGCUGGGCAUGGAUGUCAAUAGAUGUCAGUGCUGCACGAAGUCACGUAUGGAGCUUGUGCUGAACAUCGGAAGCUGCGAACUGGCUGAAAUUCUUUGUGCUCAUGGCGCUGAGGUCACCCACGACGACUUGGUAUCCGCUGUUAAGGCACAACACAUCGAAAUGAUUCCACUUCUGAUAAAGCACGGGGCAGGGGUGAAGAAGUACGAAAGCCCCAGGGAUUUCGUUUACAAAGGUUCAGCACUUGAUGUAGCAUUGGAGAACUCUCUUACGAAUGUUGCGAGCAUCCUUCUGAACCAUCGUGCGGCGCUCCACCCUGAGUACGCUGUCACCCAAGCCUUGCUGAGCAACAACAUUAAGGUGCUCAACUUUCUCUUGACGGAGUGCGCUGAAGCGACCAAGUCCGUGGUUAAAAACCCAGAAACGUUUAUUCGAGCUGUGAAGUCGGGAAACCUUCAGAAUAUCCAGCUACUGUUGGACAAAAAGGUUGACAUCAACCGGGUCCACCUCAGUAGGACUCCUCUCAUGAACGCAAUCCACACUAAGGUCAUAAACUAUUUAAUACGCAAAGGAGCUUCUGUGAAUUUGAAAACGAGUACAACAGCGUUGAUCAACGUAUUCUCCAGUAAAUACUGCUUUGACGUUUAUUCCGCCUUCCAUAAAAGCUGCAAGAUGAGGGAGCAACAAAUAUUGCGUGUGAUAAAAACGUUACUAAAGAACGGAGCCACCUUGGAUGACAAGGAUGAGCUCGGGUCUACAGCACUGAUUGCAUCCGUUUGCAGUAACCUUAGCGUAAAGGUUCUCAAAUAUUUGCUUUAUAAGGGCGCCAAUGUCAACCAAAGAAAUAACGAUGGCCACUCGGCACUACACCGUGCAGCGGCGAAUUCCAAACGCGAGUUCGUGGAGGUUCUCUUAAAACACGGUGCUCAUGUCAACGUGAAAAAUUUUGGGGGGCGAACCCCUCUACACCUGGCUGUGGGAAACUUGCAGAUUGUUAAGUUGUUACUGAAGAAACAAGCGAAUUUCAACGCCGAGGAUGACUCGGGAAACACUCCGCUGUCACUCGCCGCAGAACGUAGAGGAGACAAUGAUGAUGUUGUGGAUCUUCUGAUUUCAAAUGGCUCCAAUGUCAACCACCGAAACAAUAUUGGCAUGACGCCAUUGUGGCUGGCAGCACGUAAACUCAACACAAAAUGCGUGUCCCUGUUCAUGGAUUCCAAUGCUGUAGACUGUGACCACCAGCAACAAACGUCUGCCCUUUCCUUAGUGCUCAACAAAUGGUUCCCAGGUGAGCAGUCCCAGAGAACAGCUACCUUACUGAUAAAGCGUAGGGCUAGUACAGACUUUGUCAGACGAGACAUCAUUCAUCGACUCAUCGCCGCUGGCAAUGAUGGCAUCCUGGUUCAGGAACUAAUUAAAACAGGCUUUUGUCCAACAUUAGUGGAUCUAAAGACCACAAUCUUAGGCUGGCCUGAGACUUCAGUAUCGCCACUCGCCGUUGCCCUGAUGCUUGACAGCCUUGACUUUACUCGAUAUUUUAUCGAGAAUGGGUAUCUAACGAAAGCAGACGUCAGACUUGUCUCCAGAAGCGAAACCAUUUUAAAUUACUUGGAAGAACGUAAUGCUAAAACUCUUCCGUAUCUGAACGAAGUUUCCCGACAGCCAAUGAAGUUGGAACAAUUGUGCCUUAUUACUGUCUCGUCAGCUUUCGGUUCCGACCGUGGCAGACGUGAAAGGAUUCUUAAAUCCGAACUCUCAGUUCCACUGCAGGAGAAGCUCUUAUUUGAGAACCUUGAGCGCAAGGUUCUUGAACCAGUGAGAGAAGGUUCCAGAUUUCUCCAACAGAUGACAAAACACCAGGUCGGGAAGGAGGAGAGGUGGUCGGCGUUUUAUGAGCUGGAUGAUGAUUUCUUUGAGAGGACGUCAUCCUCGGAGUCGUCGUCUGCUAGCGACGGUAACGAGGAUUUGUAAUCGAUUCUUGAUAUUUCAUAUCUGAAUGAGUAGACGUUAUAUGUUUUUACUGUGACCCAUCAGACUCUGUUAAUGUAUUUUAUCAGUACUUGUACGUUAUUCAAAUCUGGCGCAACGAGGAUUAAGACAAAAAAAAAAAAGAGGGCUGCUUGUGUACAUGAAAUGUGAAGACGUUACAAACAUUGAAAGCAGUCUUGGGGGGAUUAAUCUCUUGCAUACUAGUUCACUGUCGCCGCCUAUGUCGCCUUUAAAGGCCACAACCAUCAGGUCACAGUCCGUGUCGCUUUUGAUUGCCCUAAGAACAUUUACUUUCUCAAACCACCAGGAAUGUCUUCCACUGUCAGGAGCGACACCUUGCUGACCAGACAACCCACAUAGAAAACCUAAGCUGCUUCUCGCCUGCUGACCUGUCCACUGGCGAUGAUCCCUUCUAUAACUCUUGGUGGAACUAAGCUCUAGAUCUGUUUCUCAUGAUUUUAUUUUAUCUUUGGUGGAAACAUAGACAUAAAUAAAUAUAGACUGGCCGAUAAUAGAGUUUUAUGAAACGAAAAUUUGUGACUUGCAUUUCUGUGUACUUUAUUUAUGUCUAGGAGUUUUGUUUCAUCCCUAAGACUGAAGAUCAUGCAAUUUUUCAAAAUUCGGAAAUCCGAAUACAAUAGAUAUACAUGUUUUCAAGUUACAUGAAGUUAUUUCCUUUUUCCAGUCUAUAUUUAUUUAUGUCUAUGGGUGGAAAUCAACUGGGUCUUCCAGUUCAUCUAAACAAUAUGUCCAUCUCCAGAGUUGAAUAGUGUGUUGGUGCGCACCAUAAGCAGCGGCGCAGAAUUGACCUAUUAAAAUAUUUUCAUAUUUUUCAA